AUGGUACGCCAGCUCGUGCUCCUCGCCGCAAUCGUGAGCUACUGCUGUCUUCUGUCGGCCUCCACUGCCGCGGACACUGCCAAGGGGGUCAUCUUCACUCCGGACGUCGCCGGCGUAGGGGCGCCGCUGGUGGUGGCCUGGUCGCGCGACGUGCCCCUAGGCAAGGACCAGGUGGUGGGCGGCGUGUUCGUGGCGUCGGCUCCGAGUCGGCCGGGCCUGGUCGCCGUCGCGCGGGUGGGACCCACCGCGUACCAGCGCACGCUCGAGGGUCUGGCCCUGGCCGACGGCACCCCGCUGUGGCGCUCGGCGGGCAUCGAGGACCAGUACGACGGCGACAACUACACGCUGCCCUUCUGGCGCGCGGGGCCACUGCGGCUCGACGCCCUGGUGGCGGACUACUACCUGGAGGCUGGCCAAGAGCCCAACCUCAUCGAAUGGCGCGGCUUUGCCCUACUCGACCCCAAGACGGGCAAACCGAUGGUGAGGCAGGACGCGGGGCCACAUGACACCAAUACGGCGCAGCUCAGUCGGUGGGGCUUCCUCUACAUGAUCCACACACGCCAGUCGGUGAACAACCUCAUGCGCCUCCAGGCGCCCGACUACAGUCCCGACAGCCCCGCGGCCGUGUUCACCUUCCCCUCCUCCUCCUACUCGUCCUCCAUCAACUCCAACCUCCUCCUGGCCCAGCGCCGCGGGCUUCUCUUCAACUCCUACGCCGUCGGUGAUGAUGGCACCACCACGACCACCACGCUCCAGCGCCUCGAUCCGGCCUCGCUCAAGCCCGUGUGGACUCGCGCGGGCCUCCAGGGCGCGCUCUCCGUGGUCGAGCCGGCCGAGGAGGUGGUGGUCGUGGCCCAAGACUCGGGCGACCGGGUCCCGUGGACCACCCAGCUCGACACCUACGCGGUCACUGACGGCAGCCUGAAGUCGCGAUGGCUGGUGCAGUGGGACACGCCCGAGAAGGUCACCCUGAACUACGCGGGCGCGGUCCUGAACCACAGCAGCGGCGAACAGCGCCUGUGCGCCCGGCUGGCGACCGGUUGGUCGUUGCAGCUCGCGCACGCCGAGUGGCUCACCUGCGUCGACCCGCUGACGAGCCGGGUGACCCUGAACGUCACGCUCAAGGCCGCCGGCGAGCCCAGCGCCCGAGCUGGCCUUCUGGCGAUGUACGACACAUGGGCGCUGCUCCAGGACAAGACCACCGGCUCCCUGCUGGCCUUCGACUGCUUUGGCAGCACCAACAACGGCUCGGAGCCGACGCCGUCGUGGACGCUCGCCGGCCAGCGCGAUCUGGCGUCACUCACGCCAAGCGAGGACGGCCUGAGCUUCCUGGUGGCCCAGUACCGGUCCGGUCGCAUCGCCAGGUGGAAUCGCAUCGCCCCUUGA